AUGGCAAUCCGAAAUUUUAUGGCGAGGCGAGGAGUUCCGAUAAAAAUAUACAGCGACCGUGGCACGAAUUUUGUGGCAACGAAUAAAGAGCUUGAAAAAGCUCUCGAGGACAUGGACCAAGAGCGAGUGAUGAGAGAAAUUAUUAGUCACCAAACUGAAUGGGUAUUCCUCCCUCCUGCUUCCCCACAUAUGGGAGGGGCUUGGGAGCGACUCAUCCAAACAGUGAAGGCGAAUCUACUGCAGAUGAAACCUGGACGAAACCCAACCGAUGAAAUACUACGUAACUGUCUAAUGGAAAUCGAGAAUCUUAUCAACUCACGUCCUUUGACGCACGUUCCUGUGGAUGAGCCGGAUGCACCCGUUCUAACACCGAAUCAUUUCAUCCUGGGAUCAUCAAGUGGACUCAAACCAGCGUUUAGUCUUGACGAUAACUCUGUUGUGUUACGGAGGGCUUGGCGUGCGUCACAAGUGGAAGCGAAUAUUUUUUGGCAACGCUGGUUAAGGGAUUACCUUCCGGAGUUAACAAGACGAACAAAAUGGUUUGACGAUGUUAAACCAAUAGAGGAGAACGAUAUAGUGCUAAUAGUGGAUCCAGCGCUGCCGCGCAACUGCUGGCCUAAAGGACGUGUGAUUGGAGUUAAUCGAGGAAAGGACAACCGUGUAAGGUCAGCUACAAUUCAGACAGUGACCGGCAUCUACGAGCGCCCUGCAACGAAGAUCGCUGUACUUGAUGUUCGAAGCGGUAAGGAUGUAAGCCAGAUGUACGGCGUUACCCGGGGGGAGUGUCACGACCCCUUGGUCGGCGCUUCUCACCAAGGCGAUUACCACUGA